AUGGAGGCAAUAAUCCAGGGAACAAUCAGUGCCUUAGGCUUCCUCGAGAAUGAUGUGUACUACCAGGAGCCUGACUGCUAUGAGACAAUUCGCGAUUUGAUUCGAUUUCUACGGAACGACAACGAUGUCAUGUUAGCUCGUAGGAUAUGUGGAGAGCGAAACAUCAUCGGAAAUGACCUCAUUCCUAUCAUCAAAUCCGAAAACGUUAAGGGGAAAAUGUUUGACAUUACUCUCAGGUUGCUUGUCAAUCUCACUCAGCCGGCAAUAGUUAGUUUGCUUGGAAAACAUCCAGAGGAUAGAGACGAAUGGCAGAAGUACUGGAUACUGGAAGAAAAUCUGAGAAAGGCUAAACCGUCGUUUUCUGACAUAAGAACGGUUAUGGAAACCUUUGCUAAAAUCGCUACUUCAUUUUUUAUUCGCUUUGGAACAGUUGCUCUUUUGAUUGGACAGUAUGAAACCCAAGGCUUUAUGAUUAGGAGUGGGUUCCCUAUUGCAGAAGAAUGA